AUGUGUUCCCUCCCAUCUAUGGUUCAGGACGAGCGGUUUCCGAAAGGAAUUGGACUGGAAAGAGGGACUCACAUCCAGUCAGUCCUCUGCUUGCCCAUCAUGACCACCAUUGGGGACCUGAUCGGAAUUCUGGAGCUGUAUCGACACUGGGGCAAGGAGACCUUCUGCCUCAGUCAGCAGGAGGUGGCAACAGCAAAUCUGGCCUGGGCUUCGGUAGCAAUACAUCAGGUACAGGUGUGCCGAGGCCUGGCCAAACAGACUGAACUGAAUGACUUCCUACUUGAUGUAUCAAAAACAUAUUUUGGUAACAUAGUCUCAAUAGAUGCUCUACUUGAAAACAUAAUGAUAUAUGCCAAAAACCUGGUGAAUGCAGAUCGCUGCGCACUUUUCCUGGUGGACCACAAGAACAGGGAGCUGUACUCGGAUCUGUUAGAUAUUGGGGAGGAGAAGGACGGGAAGCCCAUCUUUAAGAAGACCAAGGAGAUCAGGUUCUCCAUCGAGAAGGGCAUUGCUGGGCAAGUGGCCAGAACUGGGGACAUCCUGAACAUUCCUGAUGCCUACGCAGACCCACACUUCAACAGGGAAGUGGACCUGUACACAGGCUAUGUCACUCGCAAUAUCCUGUGCAUGCCCAUUGUGAGCCAGGACAAAGUCAUUGGCGUGAUCCAAAUGGUGAACAAGAUCAAUGACAGUGCCUUCUCCAAAACUGAUGAGAACAACUUCAAGAUGUUUACUGUCUUUUGUGCUCUUGCCUUACACUGUGCCAAUAUGUAUCAACAAAUCCGGCACUCAGAGUGCAUCAAACAGGUCACCAUGGAGAAAUUGUCCUACCACAGCAUCUGCACGGCUGAGGAGUGGCAGGGCCUCAUGCACUUCACCCUCCCAGACCAGCUCUGCAAGGAGGUUGAGCUAUUCCACUUUGAUAUUAGUCCCUUUGAAAGCAUGUGGCCUGGCAUCGUCAUCUACAUGGUUACCCAGUUCAAUGGGAAGUUCUGCUUUGACAAGGAGAAGCUGUGCCGCUUCGUUAUGUCAGUGAAGAAGAACUACAGGCGGGUCCCCUACCACAACUGGAAGCACGCGGUCACAGUGGCACACUGCAUGUACACCAUUCUGCAGAGGAGCAACGUGUUCUUCUCUGACCUUGAGAGAAAAGGCCUGCUGAUUGCCUGCCUGUGCCAUGACCUAGACCACCGAGGCUUCAGCAACUCCUACCUGCAGAAAUUUGACCACCCGCUUGCUGCCCUCUACUCCACGUCCACCAUGGAGCAGCACCACUUCUUCCAAACCAUGUCAAUCCUGCAGCUGGAAGGCCACAACAUCUUCUCCAGUCUGAACUCCAGUGAAUAUGAGCAGGUGCUAGAUAUCAUCCGCAAAGCCAUCCUUGCCACAGACCUUGCUCUAUACUUUGGGAACAGGAAGCAGCUGGAUGACAUAUACAAGUCAGACUCACUCGACCUUAAUAACCAGUCACAUAGAGACCGUGUCAUUGCUUUGAUGAUGACAGCCUGUGACCUGUGUUCUGUGACGAAGCUGUGGCCGGUGACAAUGCUUAUAACCAAUGACAUAUACACAGAGUUUUGGGCUGAGGGUGAUGAGAUAAAGAAGUUGGGGUCACAGCCAAUUCCAAUGAUGGACAGAGACAAGAAGAAUGAAGUCCCACAAGGCCAGGUCACCUUCUACAGUGUCAUAGCUAUUCCCUGCUACACCAUCCUCAACCAGAUCCUUCCACCUACUGAGCCCCUCCUUCAGGCCUGCAGGAACAAUUUCAGCCAGUGGAACAAGGUGAUGCGCGGAGAAGAGACUGUGCCAUGGAUUUUAAGUGAACAGACAGACUCCAAUAAGAAACCACACAUCCAAAAUGCACUGGAUCGUGCAGUUGGGGCAGCGCCCGACCCUCCGCAGCCUUCCCCGGGUACGGUGAAAACUCGGCCAGUUGCCAGCGGUGGCUCCAGGGCAGAGGCUCUGGUGUGCUUGCAUGAGCGGUGUCUCAUGGUCCUGCCCUCCACGGCCCCUCGGAGCUCAGUUCUGGACGACAGAAUCAAGUCAGAAACGUUCCAACCUGAUUCCCAAGUCGUCUGGACGGGAAGUCGGGUGGGUAGAGGCAGAGGCCUGCGGGACAAAGGGCAACGCCUGUGGAAUGCCUGCGGAAGUUGCCACGUGGCUCUCCCAGGAGAUGCUGGGAAGCACCGGACAAUGUCCCUGAUGCUGGGCUCCUGA